AGCGCCGCCUAUAAAGGCCGCCAGCGCCGUGGCAAGCAGCAUUCGCUGGCGCACCGCCAUGGCCUUCGAGAGGACUGCGUGGCUGCUGACUGCCGUGUUCCUGCUGGCCGCCGUCGCCUGCGCCCUUUCGCAGGAGCGGCAAGAUGGCGAGGAGAAAUCACGACCCACCACCAUCAGACCCAGGCUUCCGCCUCCCCGCCAGCAGAGGGACGUGCCGCCACCAGGGGGGCGUGAGCCCGCCUCCACCCCUAGGCCCGCCACCAUCCGCCCCCGGCCACCCGUCCAGAGACCUGGGCCAUAAGUAGAAACAGCACCAGAUCUAACGUAACACGUCUUCAAGUACUUAUGCUACUAUUAGAACCAAUCUGUGUAACAGUUCAGCUUGUCAGCGCAUAAUCUACCAAAUGGUAAAAUAAAAGCAGUGUGUUGGAAGAUGCAUUAUUUAGUGAUAUUAAUAAAGACCUGCCUGCAAUAAAAAAUUAUCUCCAAACAUU